UUCCGGGUUCUGGUUGUGAAGGAAGCCAUGUGCUAAUAAGCUGUUUGUUUACCUUUUUUGAGCACUAAUUAAACCUCCAAUUUGAAUGGGACGGUGCAUGACAACCUAGGAGUAUGUGAUGUUCACAUAGAACUAAGUGAAAUUAUCAAGAAAGUUGGUUUCGGCGAUUGUUUCAUGGAAAAUUAGUAGCUGCACAAGAUGUGACCACUAACAGGAGUAAGACGACACCAUGGUAAUGGAGGGUAACGCCCCUGUGGCCCCUCCUGACGUUGGCGGGCAUCACCAAGACACCAAGUUCACCUAUCGUCAUCCAAUACGACCCUAUAUUACGUCAACACCAAACGACUUCAAUGCUGAGAGGGAUUUUUUGAUGAGGACAGUAUUUCCCGCCUUAGAUGAAGUCUGCAAAGAAAGGGGGACAUAUUUUUCCGCCGUUGAUCUCCGCUGGACUGCAAGGGACAAAUACGCAAAAGAUGGCAAUGUUUUGGAACUCAGUUUAGACAAGAUUGUUCAGUCGUCGCCGUUCUUCAUAUGUCUCCUUGGGGAAUGUUACGGCUAUCAUCGCCCGGAGGAUGCCGCACCGUUACCGAAAACAUAUGACGACUUACAAGACGAUUGUGAUUGGGUAGACAAAAACUUCAUGAUUGCAGACACUGGCGGUUAUCACUGGGUGCUAAAAGAUGGCCGCCAAUUAUGCAGCUUGACGGAAAUUGAAAUCAUUGAAGCAGCUUUCUUUACGGAUGAUGAGUAUUGUUUCUUUUAUUUCCGUCAAGCGGAACAUGAGGACGAUUUGUUCUUGGAUCUGCCGAAAGUCGAACGGGAAGAAAAAUUACAAGACUUUCAAAGCGAAUCUGAGUAUGCAAAUCUGAAGAUCAGAGAUUUGAAAUCGAGGAUCGUCAAGAAGGGGCUGUCGGUGAAGUAUUUCCGGACGCUGGAGGAUCUUGCGAACGUCGUUAGUGAAGAUUGGAUGGAAGUUAUCAAUACUCUGUACCCACCACUGCCAAGAGCUCUCAUUGAGAGAGAUUCUGAAGAAUUCCAUGAAAUAAUCUCCAACGAAGCGUUUGCUCAAAGUCGAACGCAGAACUUCGUGUGCACCCCCGAGAUGGAUGAUGUGAUGGUGGAGAUGACACACUUUGCAUCCACUGCCCAUAACGACCAUGCUAUCAACGAGGAAUUGGAAAAUAUCCUCAAUCUAUCGAAGUUCUCUUAUGCUACCAAGAUGAGGAAGUAUAAGCCUAUUGAGAUCAAGUACAAGUCCCUGUUAGUCCUGGCCGGGCCUCGGGGUUACGGCAAGUCAGCGAUGGUCGUCAACUGGUUGAAUGAUUUCAUCGACGAAUAUCCUGAUAUCAAAGUCAUCAGCAUGCUGGUUGGAUCAAGCCUCGCAAGUUUUGAUAUUGCCGCGUUUAUGAGGAGAGCUACCCGGGAAUUGAAGAGAGAGUUCAUGCCUGAAUUCACUGAUGAAGACCUCCAAAAAACGUGGCAGGCAGACGAUUUAGAGAACUUCUCAUUGACGUGCGAGACUUUAAUGGCGGCAGUCUCACUCGGUCCAUGUGUGUUGGUCAUUGAUGGAGUGGAUGAACUUCGCAGUACUUGUGGACUGACUCAGAAACAGAUUAAAGAGAUGGACUGGCUUCCGUUACCACUGCCCCCUCAGGUCAAGGUCAUCAUGACGACCUCGUCCACUGACCUCUCCUUCAAAUCACUAUCAAAAAGACGCGAUGCUGAUAUCAUCUCGUUACCGCUAUUCAAAGAGAGGCCACAGCGCCUGAAGCUCACGCAGGAAUUCAUGACAAACAUGUACUCAAAGUAUCUCCCAAAGAGGGCGUUCAAAGCAGUCCUGGACUGUAAACACGCGAAUAGGCCAAUGUAUCUACACGCUCUCGCGGGAGAAUUUCGUCUCUAUCAGGUUUAUACGCUGAUCGAACAAUACUUGGAGACGUAUUUGGAGGUUAGCAGUUUGCGAGAUUUGUGGGCGAAGAUUAUUCAGCGGUGGAUCUCUGAGUAUAGCUGGACGAGUGAACCGAUGCCCAAGACGGAGAUGGCACCAACCUUGACACAGCAACCUGACUUCGAGUACACUGGUUGGAUAGCAGACGCCCUUCGUCUCCUGGCUGUGUCAAGACAAGGACUAACCGAGGCCGAGAUCCUAGCCUGUCUUCGACAAAUUGGUUACUAUGGCGAUUCAGCGAUCACAUCUCUUGAUUGGGCAAUAUUCAGGAAUGCAGCCUAUGGAAUGCUGAUUGAGAGGCCUGGGGGGCUGUUGAACUACUUUCACCAUCACUGUAAAGAGGCGGUGGAAUACGCUCUUCUGGGUACUGUCAUCCCGACCGGGGAUACAAACACCAAACAUAGCCUGACGAAUUCUUGGAAUCUCGAUAAGCAGAGGUAUCAUGGGUAUUUAGCGGCGUUCUUUCUGGCCCAGCCUCACUCCAUCAGACGGACAGACGAGCUGCCCUACCAUAUGGAACACAACGGGGACAUGGGCGGAUUGUGUAGUGUUGUCUCCGAUCCACAGAUCUUUUUGUGUAUGUAUGCCGAGCCACGGAGCAGCAGCCGACAGCUGGACCUGCUUCAUUACUGUCGUCUGCUUCAACAGUUUGGCUACAGUGCUGCAGACGUUUACAUUGAGAUGGUCGAGGGGAGAGAGCCGGCCAUUUCCGAGACCCAGGAUGCAGUGAUGCCGGACACCUUUACAGCAGAUGACAUGUCUAGACUUUUCGGCCCCAAGGGACCGGACAUCCCCACCAUCAUCAUGACUCAUGCAAGCUCUCGUGAUCUCUUCGUCAUUGAAGAGGGAGGAAGUGUCGAAGGCUCGAACAAAAAGAGUUCAGAUCAUGGAAGUGACCAUAAUCCUGGGAGUGAUGACGCGAGUGUCCAUGAAGAAGGCCAGACGUUUCUGACGGACGUCCAGGAGGAAGCGGACCACGCUAGUGGUUCACCUCAUCAGCAAGCAAACCUCGCCUACCAUGUCGGGUUGUUCCUGUCUCAGCUAGGUCAUGGGGACGAGGCUGUCGGGAUGUUGCUGAAUGCUCAUACCUGCUUGAAUGACAACUACCCCCUUGAUUUCGACUUGUCAACCCUGCAUUGUGAAGUGCAAGAAGCGCUCGGAAACCUCUACGCCAAAUACGAAAACCAGGAUGCCGCCAUCUUUUGGUUAAAAAAGGCACUGAACACCAUCAGUGACAUCCUGAUCUCAUCCGAGAUUGAUGAUCAGCUUAAUAAAGUCAUUGAAAGAAAAGGUCACAUCAUGGAUGAGCUCGGCUGCCAUUGUCUGGCGUCUGGUCGGCUCCACGAAGCAGACGACCUCCUGACUGGAGCGCUGGAGUGUAUGGACGAGGUUGGCAGCUUGACCGGCCGAGCUAGCGUCCAUCAUCACAUAGGCAGGCUCAAGUUACACCAGCAAGAGUAUUUGAAGGCAGAAGGUUGUUACCGAUACUCCCUCAUGAUGAGAGAACAGUGGUACGGCAAGAAACACACCAUGGUUUCCAAGGUUCUACAAGACCUGGCUGCGCUGCUCUGCAUGAAGGAGAAUACACAAGGGUUCAACAGGGAUGAAGCGGAGGCGUUAUUCCGUAGAGCACUGGAAAUACGCGAGCGUUCCCUUGGAGAUGGACAUGUGCUUGUUGCAGAGACCUUAGCCAGUCUAGGUGAGCUGAUGAACAGGAGUGGGAGCUUGUCAGCCAAAUCUGAAGCGAAACUACUGCUACAGAGAGCGCUGGAUGUGAAGACGACGAAACUGGGGCCGAACCACCCUUCCACGAGAUUAGUACGCAAGGAGUUGAAUGAUACUGGAAUCACUCUGAAGCUUGGAUUAUAUGAUUACGGACCAGCCAAACCGACUGACAAACGGACAAUGGAUUUUCCGUGUAGCAGCAUGUCCUGGCGGGAAAAUGACCUCUCCAGUUUGUUGGAGGGAGGACCCAGCAAAUCACGGUUAUCGAAAUAUUCAAAGAGUCCAGGGCUGUCGGGCACUCCAAGUGGGAUGUGGGUGACGUCAAAAUAUCGUGUGGAGACACCGACAGAACCUACAGCCAAACCUGCACCAGGUAGCGACACCUAUGUGGAGGAAUUAGAAGCAGUUUCACAUAAAGUAAAACCGAGGGGGUCACAUUCGGGGAAAGAUUCACAAAUGUCUAAUCGGUCAUAUUCUGAAGAUUUGAUGAAGUUGUCCGACAGUAAGAAAAAGUUAGGACAGCCAGCUUCGCCUUCAUCAGGUGAUCGGCAGUCGCCUGGUUCAAGUGAUAAACAGCGUCUGCUCAAACGGGAUGCUUUUGAUGUGCGCUUGCGGUAUCCAGAUCCCGAGGAUGAUCUCGGCGUCAAUAAUGCACGUCUUAGUAUUCCACGGUCUACAACCCCUUCAUCAAGGAAGGCCAUACUCGCAGUCGGACCAAUGAUUAAUGUCAAACCUCCCAAUGCUGUCAACUCUGAUAACUCAGAUAUGCCGCAUUAUGUCGAAAGUUAUGCAGAUCAGUUGCAAACUCAGGAAAGUGGAAAACUUUCUCGAAGAAAUCGACUUGAGCAGGGUAAACUGCGUCCUAAAAGUGCCCCUGUGAGUUCGUAUGCGGAGUAUUUUACUGAAGCGCCUGUCAGGGUGAUUCCAAGGACCUUCAUUAACCCUACGCCUAUGCGGACAAGAUCCCUGACGGCCAGGGUAAAUAGUGCGCACAGUCUUUGCAGCUCACACGGAACGUAUAAAUCUUUCGAAAGUUCAGCAAUUCACGGUACACACUGUAGAAUCCCGGGUGCGCACACCAUCGAUCCGAGCAACUCAAUAACAAUCCAGGGCCCUCACAGUUCUAUUAAGUCAUUGAUGGGCCCACCGGCAUGUCCUAGGGAUGUCAGUUUAAAGGUUCGGCAUUACUCAACCUGGUUCCAGGUGCCAGGACGUUACCCCACAGUGAGCAACCCAUAUCCACCGAAACGUUCUCAGCUGGUGAAGCGGGUUGUGAAAACGAAACAGGGUGGGUCAGCACCAUCUAGUGACAUGAAGGGCACUGAGAUACAGCUACAAAGUAAGAGUGAACUUAGUGUUACCUUUAAGGAGGAGGCACCACGGCCAGUGACAAGUCACUGUUGAAAUUGACAAUGAACAGACUCUCUUGUGUACUCCAACGGCCUUUCUCCACAGUUGUGUUUCAUGCAGCAUAUUUCACACGCAUAUUUUUUGUGAAAUGUGCAGGGUGAAUCCUGAAAUGUGGAGACAGGCCUUUUCUCACUUACUCAAGCCCUGUUCUCUUCUGAGGGCAGAGGCUAUCACUUGAAUUGAUCAUUUGUUGAAGUUUGUUUAGAUUUUAUUUUAAGAAUUUUUAUUGCGUUGUGUUGCUGCAAUAUUUUGUGGAAAUGUUACGUCAUAAUCCGUCCAGGAGUUUUCUCAAAAUAUCUGUUGUGUAAGUUUACACUUUAUGUGCAGUUACCAUGACGAUCACAGGGCCAAAGUGACGAUCUUAGAUUAAAAUAUUCGCAGAAGUUUGUUUCUGUCAAUAUUGUUUUUUCAUGAAUAUUCCAUGUGUAGUUCUCAGGACAUACCGUAAUGUUGGACUUAUAUGGACUUUUAAGUUGUGCAACAUUAUCUAUGUAUGUCAUACUAUAGGGUAGGGUAGAUGUAAGGGUUGAAGGCAUAAUUGGUCAGUUCUUGAUAUUGAAAUUGUCCCCCGAAACUCAUUGACAUGACCGAUGGUUUGAGAGCUCUCAAUGAGCACUUUCUGGUGAAACUGUGUCAUGAUUGAUAAAUUUGUUGGUAAGGAAUCACUCUCGGGGGACUUUACCUCAACGAUGCCUCAGUCCAUGUCGCGAUAAUGUAGAUCUGAUAUUGGUUAAUCCGUCCAUAUUGUAGUUCUAUCCGUCUAUAUCAUAGUACUGUAUCAAUCUUGUAAAGUUUUUGUAAUAUUUAUCGAGUUUUAGGGAAUGUAUGUGAUUUAGAUGUCAAAUCUCAUCCAUUCAGUCAUUUCAAAAUGGUUGGCAAGAAAUCUGUGCUUUUUUCUACUAUACCCAUCUUACAACCUUUUAUUUGUAAAGCGAAACCUAACUGUUCCUAUAUUGUUACAAUGUUCUACUAUCUCCACUUAAAAACUUUUGUCUCAUGAGUCAUGUGACACAAAAUGUACUUGCGUUCUUUACUGUCUAUAUCUCUAUUCCUAUGUUUAUAAUGUGCUUACAAUUCCAAGAAAAUUAUACCAAUG